AUGGCAUCUUUUGUUCAAAGGAAGCCUUACAUCGGGCGUACACGGGGGCGCGCGCGCGCGCUCGCGGGCUCGGGCCGCGCGCCAAGUCCUCCGUCAGCCCCGCCGAGAGGGAGGAAAGACGGGCGAGCGGGCGAGUCGGCCGGGCGGCCGCAGAGGCGAACGGCUGAGGCGGUUCUUGAGGCGCUGUCGCUGCCCCGCGGUUGGCUGGACUUGGCCGGGCGAAGGUGGCCGUGGCCGUCGUCGCUUUCCGAGGGGCUCUUCCCACAAGCGCAGAAUACAGAGGCAGAAAGAAGCUUUGAAUGGACAGAGAUUAAUGAUACAAUGAAGGCCUGGAGUGAUAGUCAGUCAGACCUUUACAGCAGUGACCUAGAAGAAGAGGAAGAAAUGAUUUUUGGAGAAAACGAAGAAGACUUGGAAGAGAUGAUGGAUCUAAGUGAUCUUCCUACCUCACUCUUUGCUUGCAGUGUUCAUGAAGCAGUGUUUGAAGUUCAAGAGCAAAAGGAAAGAUUUGAAGCACUUUUCACAAUCUACGAUGCUCAUGUUACAUUCCAGUUAUUUAAAAGCUUCCGAAGAGUAAGGAUAAACUUUAGCAGUCCAGAAGCAGCAGCCAGAGCACGGAUAGAACUCCAUGAGACAGAUUUUAAUGGGAAAAAACUGAAGCUAUAUUUUGCCCAGGUUCAGGUUCCCAGUGAAGUGGGAGACAAAUCUUACCUUUUGCCCCCCAAGCCUGUCAAACAGUUCCUGAUAUCACCUCCGGCAUCCCCACCUGUAGGAUGGAAGCAGAGUGAAGAUGCUACUCCCAUGAUAAACUAUGACUUGCUUUGCGCUGUUUCAAAACUGGGGCCUGGGGAAAAGUACGAGCUUCAUGCUGGAACCGAAUCCACUCCAAGUGUUGUGGUCCAUGUGUGUGAAAGUGAAACAGAAGAGGAAGAGGAAGUGAAAAAUCCCAAACAGAAGAUCGCGCAAACUCGCCGCCCAGACCCACCACCUGCCUUAAUAAGUGAAACAAAAACUCUUGAAUGUAUGCUAGAAGUAGGAGGUGGGAUGCACUACUGAUUUGAAGCUAUUUAAUCAUGGCAGUGGAUGAUUACUCCCAUUUGCAUUGCUGCAUCCUGCAUAGCAGCAACAGACUCCUCUUUGCAGUCAUCUCACAUCAAGAAGACAUUUUGAAGAGCACUUUAAUUUUUAAGGUCAACUUCCAAGAUGUAGCAAAUCCACUAGGCUGCCAAUCCUAGGAGAGUGCCAUUUCUGGUAAUCUGUGUUACCAUCCUCCUGGUGUUUGUAAGGCCGAAGGAACUUGGCUGCUGCCAUUUAUAUAUGGGCUACCACAUGGUUUUGUAUGUGAGUCUCUCAUGCAUAUUUUUGUGUGCUGAUGUAUACCAUGAAUCUGAUUCACUUGAUGUUCUAAGUAAUCUAGUGACAAAUUAUACAUGUAAUGUACAAUGUACAUUGUUAUCAGUAGGAGAAUCUCAAACUGUUUUUGAGGUGAUAGAAUCAAAUAUUCAAGCAGGUUUGUUUUUGUGGUUUUGGUUUGUUUUUUUUUUUUCUUCUUACAGGUGCCAUAGCUGUUUGUGUUGAAUGUCAAGGUAUUAUUGUGAAUUGUUGUAAGAUAAGACAAAAACUAAUUGGGAGUUGUAAUAGUUCUUUUCUGCCCACUGCGAUUAGGAAAAAAAAUAAAAAUUGAAAAGCCUACAAGGAUAUAGUGGAGAAGGGAUUCAUUACCUUUGGAGAACAUUUUCUUGAUCUGUAAUUUUCCACCUACUAUGGUUAUAUGUCUUACAUGAGAUAUUUCCAAAGCAAGAAGGGUCGUCUUCUACAGCUUGUUCUUCAUUGCCUGUUUUCAGAAUAUUCAGCUUGGCCAAGGAAGUAUAGCCCUCUCACGCUUCACUUUCCCAUCACUUUAACUGUUUCCCAUUUGUGUCAAAUUUAUCAUGUCUAGGAUCUGUCUGUGCCAAGAUGUUUAGCCAUGGUUUGUUCUACAAGCCAUAGUAACCUGGUCUAUUGAUGAAGCUAAGCCAAAAACAAACCAGCUGCUGUAUGUCUUAUGCAAUAUGUAGAUCAGCGGCCCCCAACCUUUUGGGCACCAGAGACCGUUUUCAUGGAGAGGGGUUUUUCCCAUGAACCAGAGAGUGCAUGGUUUUGCGUGCUGCCUCCAUCCCGUGGAUGGGGCUUCACUUGUUUGCACAGACCAGUUUCUGACACGCUGCAGACUAGGAUCGGUCCACGGACCACGGGUUGGGGAGCCCUGUUGUAGAGAAGUCAACAUUUCCCAGUGAGCUUCUGGUUGAAUUGCUUGUUUAUUGCCUGAUUUUAUUUUUCUCCCUGGCAUCAAAUAAUCCAGCUUAAUUGUUUCUGAGGAAGAAAGGAAGAGGUACACCAAGAUAAUUUGCAUUCUGCUGUGCAGGAGGAAGGCGAUCAUUCAGAUACAGAAACUUGAGAAAUAAGGUUAGACCAUUUGUAUAAAUUGUUCUCUUUGCCUGCCUUUCUCUUCCCAAUGUCUUUCUGCAAAAUGCCACCUUUAUUCUAUUUCUGUAAUACUACAUGUCUUUUUAUGGCUGAAAUAAAUGGAAAAACAGAUUACA